UACUAUGGACCUCAACCUUAAUGAGCUUCGUAGUCCUGACCCGGGGCCCAGAGAUGGGUUAAUUCUACGUUUACAAUAGUAGCACCGCUCUCGAGAAGUUUGGGAAGCUGAUUGCACGCGGCCUGUGGAUUCAAAAAAAGUCAGAGUUCGUAGUGCCAAGAAAAGUAUACGAGCAUUGCCAUGGCCGUCACCCCCAGUUUUAGAGUUGAUACGACGUGCCCGUUUAGAGGGCCUUUUUUCAUUGCUGUUUGUGUCCGUGGAUUGGGGUCUCAUUACGGCACUUUUGGAGCGAUGGCGGCCUAAGGCACACACGUUCCACUUGUGGCCUGGUGAGUCCACAAUCACGCUACAAGAUGUUGAGGUUUUGUUAGGCAUUCCGGUUGAAGGUAAACCUGUGACUAGAAAUACAAACUUGAAGCCUCAUGAUUUGUGUAAACGUCUAUUGGGGGAACAACCUACAGAAGAGUUGGACAUAAAUGGGAUGAAGGUCAAGGCCAGCUGGUUAAGUGAUAAGUUCACUGGCCAGGUAGAGGAAGGGGCUGACCCAGAGGUUGUUGCGCGCCGUGCAUGUGGCUACUUGUUGUUGCUUAUGGGGGAAACUAUAUUUGCUGACCACUCAAGGGGAUAUGUGCACUUGGCUAACCUAGAACAUUUGGAGAACUUUGAUGAAGCUGGGGCGUAUAGUUGGGGCAGUGGUGCUCUUGCCAAUCUCUACCAUAACCUAUGCCAUGGUUGUAAGGCUGGCACAAAACAGAUUACAGGCUUCUUCAUACUGUUGCAGGUUUGGGCUUGGGAGUGGUUGCCCUAUUUUGCCCCAGGACGAUUAGGGAAGCGUGCUCCGAAGGCUGGUGCUCCACUUAUUAGACGGUGGGACGAUGCAUUUCAUUCCCCUAACUUGUCGACCCAUCUCGUAGGCGCUUACAGGUACCACCUUGACAUCCAGAGACCGGAUGAGGUCAUUUGGACCCCAUAUAGUGAGGAGCUCCUUGAGUCUCUACCAGAAUAUUGUCGGGCUGGCAGAGCUAUUUGGCGGGCUACUAUUCCCCUAAUAUAUUAUGUUGUUUGUCAAUAUCACCAGCCCGAGCGAGUCAUGUGCCAAUUUGGUUUCUGCCAAUGCAUCCCCCCACCGUCUCACUCUUUAGAUCUGCCACACAGUAAAACCCUUCAAAGUGGUGCGUUAGAUUGGGUCUUGAAGUACCGAAUAAUUAUAGAAGUUUGGAAUAAUAGACUUAAUCUAGUCGUACCGCCGGGUGAUAUUGACUUAGUUUAAUACCCCUUAGACGACCCUUACACGGCUCGGUAUGAUAGGAUUACCAGGCGUUGUAUUGGCCGUGUUGGUUGUGGUGUAGAUGGAGUGACUCGUUGUCUUAAGGCCCUCAAUAUGCUGGGGGUCCCCGCCCCUUACCGAGAUGUUGCUUUGGCGGGGCUUAUGCACAUGGGCAUGUUCGAAAAGUUUUUGCGCCUUUAACCCCCACAACACGGUGUUUUUAAG